AUGACUAUGGUUGUUCAUCUCGUCGGGAAAGACGAGGCAGCAAAGUUGGCCCCCCCUCCCGCGUUAGAGGGAGAUGACGCCACCCUGCAGAGGUUGCGAAUUGCAAUUGCAUACAACGAUGAAACCACAUUCGAUACGCUCUUGUUCGAGUACUCCAGUAUGGAGUUGGAACAAGACAUCUACCAGUACGGAACGAUUGAGAUCCUGGACACGUUCUUGCGUUAUCCAAAUGUGGAGACUGAGAGCAUAACGUUCAACAACGUGCACACGCGCCUGGACAUGAUCUCCUGCAUCUCGCGCAAUCUACCCGAAGUGAAUUAUGCACGGCGACUAGUUGAAAUGGCAAUUAAACAAUCGGACAUCGACUUUGCACGGGCAAUGGGACCACACAUUCAACUAUACGACAAAUUGCGGAAAGUGUUUAAACAUUCAACGCCCGAAAUGGUAAAACUUGUAGUUCCGUACCUAAAACCGAAGCUGGCCUUGUUCAAAGUGAUGCGAACUAAUGACCCCGACUAUGUAGAGAUGGUUAUGCUGCAGUUUCCAGACAUUGAUAAAAAAAUGUACGAGUGGUCUAUUAAUUAUGCCAAAAUUGAUUACCAUUUUCCCAUGGUUGCCAUGUUGAUGCGUAACCCUUACUUUUCCAUCAAUCCAGCGUAUGGGGAGUUCAUGGUCGAUUAUCGCUGGGAUAUGCCUGAAAACAUAUGGAUGUUCCCAGCCAAAUUUGUAGAUUUGGCGUCGGUUAUUGCGCGCUUUAUAGACAAAUGUGGCGGCGACAGCAAAUACAACAAGACGUUUGCCGAGCUCAAACAGAACCUGUUCCUAAUAGUCCGCGAAAAGGCGUGGGUAUUUGACUCAUAUGGUACACACGUUCUGGGGGAGAGUGUACAGAGAACAAGUACAGGAUCUCUCCAGCCUAAAGACGAACUUGUGAUGGUACUACGAAAUAGGCGUCUUGCGCCUGUUAUUCUCGACAGAGUGGGCGUGAAAUGUCGGACAUUCAGUUGCCGCGUGGCGCUUGAUAUAUUGUCGAACGAGUACGAUGAACUGAUUAUGAACAAGGUGGUGAGUGUGUCGCCGGCUAUACGACGACCACCACAAGUAAAAUGA